GCUCACACGAUUUCCUACAACGUCGAUCGAAGUUCUCUCUGGCCAGGACUGGUCUUUCAAUUCAGUCGCUGUUUGGCAUUUCACAGUAACGGUUUAUAUCACGGCUAGUAGCUGGCUAGUAGAUAUCUAGUACGAACUGCUGCAUUUAUAGUUCAUUGUCAACAUCUUCAAUUUGUUGCGAGGUCAAGCCCGCGUUGAGAAAGUCUGAAUUCGUACCAAGUGGUGUUUACAAACAAUCGCUCAGAAUCGAGCGUGGUGCUCUCUUUAGUUGAACAAGAUGUACUUGAACUGUUGCACCUACAGUAAUAAACUGUGAUUUUUAUUGACUAGUUGUAAAUAGUAGUUAUUGCUUAGCGAUUUAAAUUCAAUUCGUUGUGAAAUCGAACAAUCCUGAAUAUCCCAAGAAAUUUAAUCGUUCAAAUGACUUUAGUGGUUAUUGCAGUUCUUAUCCUCGCCUUAACGAUCGUACUGGUGACCAGUAGUAAACCCCCUCCCAACAUCGUCUUCAUCCUGGCCGAUGACCUCGGCUGGAACGAUGUUGGCUUCCACGGAUCGGCUCAGAUUCCAACGCCCAACCUGGACGCUUUGGCCUACUCGGGUAUCAUCUUGAACCGGUACUACGUGACGCCGAUCUGCACACCGUCGAGGGCCGCCCUAAUGACGGGUCGAUACCCGAUCCACACCGGAAUGCAACAUGCCGUUCUGUACGGUAUGGAACCACGUGGACUCCCGCUGGAGGAGAAGCUGCUGCCGGAAUACCUGAGGGAGCUGGGCUACAAAAACCACAUCGUCGGCAAGUGGCACCUGGGACACUACACGCGUCGCUACACCCCGCUGGAGCGCGGCUUCGACUCGCACGUGGGCUUUUGGACCGGUCAUCACCACAUGUUCGACCACAGCGCAGUCGAGACGGAAACCUGGGGGUUGGACAUGCGCCGCGGGUACGAUGUGGCGUACGACCUACACGGGAAGUAUACGACGCACGUGAUCCGGGACGAAGCGGUCGCGAGGAUCGGAAACCACUCGGUUGGGGAUCCGUUGUUUUUGUACGUGGCACACGCAGCGGUACAUUCGGCCAAUCCGUAUGAUUUCUUGCCUGCGCCGGAUGUUACGGUGGCCGGGUUGGAACACGUGGAACCCUAUCCGAGGCGGAAGUUUGCGGCGAUGCUCAGCGAGCUGGACGAAUCGGUGGGAGCGAUCGUGGAAGCGCUCAAAGUCAAGGGAAUGCUGGACAAUACGAUAAUUGUGUUCAGCUCGGAUAACGGAGGACCAGCGGAGGGGUUCAACAGUAAUGCUGCGUCCAAUUGGCCACUGAGAGGCGUUAAGAACACACUGUGGGAAGGCGGAGUACGGGCGGCUGGGUUCAUCUGGAGUCCGUUGAUCGCUGAAAGUCGACGAGUGUCGCAGCAGAUGAUCCACAUUAGCGAUUGGUUGCCGACACUGUUGGACGCGGCCGGAUACAAUGUGGAGACCCUCCCGAAAACCCUUGACGGCAUCAACGUGUGGAAGUCUCUACUCAAUGGGAACUCCACCGAGCGUCGCGAGAUCCUGCACAACAUUGACGACAUCUGGGGCAGUGCCGCGCUGACGGUCAACAACUGGAAGGUUCUCAAGGGUACCAACUACAAGGGUCAAUGGGACAAUUGGUACGGUCCGCCCGGUGAUCGUGACCCCGAAGCGUACAACAUCACUGCCGUCCAACACUGCCCAACCGGGAAGGCACUAUCCGAGAUGAACCUGCUUCCAACGGAAGCAACAAUCCGGAACCUCCGACUUAACGCAACGGUUCACUGUUCCAAAGAGGUCAGAGCGACCUGCAACCCCCUGGAGCAGCCCUGUCUGUACGAUGUUCUGCAAGAUCCGUGCGAGUUGGACAACCUGGCGGAAAGGUUCCCGGCGAUUCUGGACUCGAUGCUGAAGAAGCUGGACGCGUACAACGCGACGGCGGUGCCGCCGGGCAAUCUGGCGCUGGACACGCGCGGUGAUCCACGGUUCUGGGGGUACACGUGGCACAACUUUGGGGACGAUUUGGAGCAUUGUGACGGAGGGGAGGAGGAGUGUAGUACACAGAGCUUAUAACUCAAAUAUUUAAGUUGUUUUCUUUUAAGAAAUAGGUAGUAAGAUUUC